UUGGCGCUGUUGCAGCGGCGUCUACGCGCAUCAUUGGUCCGAUGCGCUGUCGUCGAGACUACGACGACAACUUUCGCCCGCCAUUUUAAUUGUUACAUCACAGCAAAGCUGAGUUUCGUUAAUUAUCGUGUUGCGAGUAAUAUUGUAAAAUAAACAUAAUCAGUGCGUUACAUCAGUGCAAAUUACGUACAAAUAAGUGUUUACGCCGUCUUAACAAAAUGUCUAAAGAUAAGGGCGAAUCGGAAUUCGCAAUUGCUGAGUCCUAUGAUUUGGCCGCUCUUCGACGCAAACGCGCUGCCGUUAAAGGUGUUAUCACCAAAUUGCAUAACGCCCUGCGUGAUCCAAGCGCCUCUGAGUUAGACAAACACGCUUUGUGCGUCAGAGAAGAACGUCUGCGAUCUUCAUUUUCUAAGUGGGAGGACUUACGCCUCGACAUUUUAGCGAUGGAUCCUGAUGACCCCGAGGACGACGUUGAAAAGAAGCGAGCAUUAGCACUCGAGAAUGUGGAACGAGAUAAGGUACUGUUGGCUCCGAAGGCUGUCCACGUAGCCACUGUGAAGAAGGUACAGCCUGCCAGCGCUGAGAAGAGCUGCAUACUUUGUGUUGCUGCCGCCUGAGCCUCGAGUUAGCCGGUACAACUGUGCGGGGCAUGGGGACAUCACAGCUUCACCUCCGUUACUUAAUACAAAGUUUGGUCAUGUAGUCGCAGGUAGCAUUAACUCAGAUAAUAUUUAUUUGAAACACAACCAAGCAGUAACCUCCUUAUUUUGUGAAACAUGUACUUCUAGCUUAAAUCAUACUCUUACUGAAUUUUGGCAAUGUGAAAAGGUUCCUGAAACAUUUACAGAAACACAUUCUGAACAUGAAUUGUGUGAAAAUAUAUUUUUAGAAAAUAUUCAACUGGACACACAAAAUAACAAAAUGCAAGUUGUCCUGCCAUUAAAACAGCCUUUAGAUUUUAUUAAUCAGUCUUUAGGAGACUCAUUACAUUUAGCUUUACAAAGAUUUUAUAACUUAGAAGCUAGACUUACAAAAGACCCUAGUCUUUAUAAAUUGUAUUCAGACUUCAUUAAUGAAUACAUAAAUCAAGGGCAUGGUACAGUCAUUGACAUCAGUCAAUACAAUUUAACAACUGAUCCAGUGUACUUCCUGCCACACCACCCAGUUCUUAACUUACAAAAGAAAACAACAAAAUGUCGUGUUGUUAUGGAUGGUUCUAUGAAAACCAGCAAUAAGACUUCUUUAAACGAUUUAUUGCUUAAUGGGCCUGUAGUACAAAAGGAACUUGUUGAUGUUUUGUUACUAUUCAGAGUAGAUAAUUAUUUCUUCAUAACAGACAUAAAAAACAUGUUUCGCAAUAUAUUAUUACAUCCAAAAUACAGGUCUUUACAAAAUAUUCUAUGGAGAUAUAAUCCCAAUGAUAGUGUUCAGUGCAUUCAACUAAACACUGUCACCUAUGGGUUGAAAAGUUCAUCUUACUUAGCAACUAGGUGUUUGAAAUGGUUAGCUGAGCUAUACAAGGAUGACUUCCCAUUGGCUGCAUUUAUAUUAAAUAACUGUACAUAUGUUGAUGAUAUUCUUUUCUCAGACUGUUCCUCGGAUAACUUGAUAGAAGCCCGAGAGCAGCUAUGUAAACUAUUGAGUCUAGGUAGUUUUCAGUUACAUAAGUGGGUGUCUAAUUCAGAACAAUUAUUACAAGACAUCCCACAAGAUAGACAACAUUUUGAUGAGGUAGAUUUACAAACAAAUAAUCAUUUAUUAAAAACUUUGGGCAUGUGUUACAAUACUCAGUCAGAUGCAUUUAUAGUGUCAAGUCCAAAACCUAUUGGUAAUAUGCCUCAGUGUAAGCGAGAGAUUCUUAGUUUUAUAAGCCAGUUUUUUGAUCCAUUAGGAUUUGCUGGGCCCAUAGUGGUAGGUGCUAAAGUCAUCAUGCAACAACUGUGGAAAGCUCAAAUAGACUGGGAUUCGUUACCUGAUAAGGAGUUGCUUCAAGCAUGGCAUGAGUUUUACACUAGCUUAAUUUCAAUGAAACCACUAAUUAUAGAGCGUUACAUAAGGUUGCACAAUAGCAGCUUUGCACAAAUUAUUGGGUUUGCCGAUGCUUCCAGCACUACUGCCUAUGGCUGUUGUGUAUACUUAAGAUGUGUUGACGAGGCAGCCAAUGUUAAGGUUUCCUUGUUAUGCUCAAAAUCGCGCAUAAAUCCUGCUUCACAAAGCUUAUCUGUUCCAAGACUGGAGCUUAACGCGGCUUUACUGCUCGCUAAGUUAGCUAGCAGAAUCCAUGACACACUAUCAACAAAAAUAAAAAUCCAUGAUGUGUUUCUUUAUUCAGAUUCACAAAUCGUUUUAGCUUGGCUUAAAACUAACAUAAACACGUUAAAAGCGUAUGUAGCCAAUCGUGUUAAGGCUAUAAUACAACUCACACAUGCGCACACUUGGUCGCAUGUUAGCUCGCAGGAGAAUCCAGCGGAUUGUCUCAGUAGAGGAGUGCCACCUCACGAGUUAGCUGACCACCCCCUCUGGUGGAGGGGACCAACAUUUUUACAUUCAAUGGUUUGCUGCGUGUUGGAGGCCGGUUGCACAAUGCUGAUAUGCCAUAUUCGCAGAAGCAUCCAAUCAUUUUGCCGCGAGACUCGCGCGUCACUAAUUUAAUAAUUCAUAGUGAACAUUUGAGAAACCUUCACGCAGGCCCUAAGCUGACUCUGUCAUCAUUAAGACAAAGAUUUUGGAUAGUACAUGGUUUAAGAGAAGUUAAAAAAGUUUUAUUCAAGUGUACCAUUUGUUUUAGAUUAAAAGCGGAAGCUUCUAAGCAAUUGAUGGGUUCUUUGCCUCCUGAUAGGGUGAAAGCAUGUCGCGCCUUUCAAAAAGUCGGUUUAGAUUACACUGGAGCAAUAUCAUUGAAAAUAGCAAGAGUUAGAAAGCCAAUAAUCACAAAGGGUUAUGUUUGUGUGUUUGUAUGCUUUGUAACCAAAGCAAUGCAUUUAGAGCUUGCUUCAGGUUUAAAGACGGAGACUUUCAUUGCAUGUUUAAACAGGUUUAUUGCCAGAAGAGGGUUGCCUACUGACAUAUACAGCGACAACGCUUCAACCUUCAGGUGUGCGGAGAGGCAGUUAGAUGCUUUGUACAAAUUACAUAACUCCAUAGAACAUCAAAAAUUAGUUUCUCAAUUUACAGCUCAAAAAGGGAUAAAAUUUCACCAUUUACCUUGUUAUUCCCCGACGUUCGCCGGUUUGGCCGAAAGUGGUGUAAAAAGUUGUAAAAAUUUGUUAAAGAGAGUGUUACAAAAGGCAAUUUUAACUUAUGAAGAAUUGUACACAGUUUUAUGUCAAAUUGAGGCCAUAUUAAAUAGUAGACCUUUAAUGCCACUAUCUAAUGAUGUAACUGAUUAUUCCUGCAUUACUCCAGGACAUUUUUUGAUAGGUACUGCUUUAAAUACAUACCCAGAUGCAAAUGUUACUGUUAUUACUAAAUCUCAAUUUUGGAAAAUAUGUAAUGAUAUGAAAUUAGAAUUCUGGAAAAGGUGGAGUAAGCACUAUUUGAAUUUAUUACAAUGUCGACCUAAGUGGCAGAUCUCUCAACCAAAUGUAAAGAUAGGUUCACUUGUUAUACUUAAGGACGAAAAUUUGUCGCCAAUGUACUGGCCCUUAGCCAGAGUAAUUAAUACCUAUCCAGGCGAUGAUGGAAAGGUCCGUGUAGUUGAAGUUAAAACUUCAAACGGCCAUAUACAUAGAAGAGCAGUAGUGAAAAUAUGUGUCCUACCGCUAGAUACGGAAGAACGGCAGUAGCUGCGCCUAUUGGUGUUGUGUACCGACCCCGAGAUAUGUGUUUACUAUCGUAGGGAUAGGCGCAGCAACAGCCUUACAUACAUUUUCGUAUAAAUAGUAUUAAGUUACUUUUUGUUAUCUAGUUCUUUCUAAUAGAACAAGCACAAAUUUAGUGUUUCUAUAAAACACAAGUAAGAAUGUUACAUUUUAAAUUAAAAAAAGGGCAUGCAUAGUUUUUAAACAUUUAAUGUAAAUUUUAAAACGCCUUACAUAUGUUUUCAUGUCUGUUAAGUGUUGUACUGCUAUUAACAAUCUGUAAUUGUAACUUGUAGUGCAGUUCUAACUUCACUUUAUGUACAAUGCAUGGCAACUACAUAUCUUUAUAUUUAAUAUUAUAUAUUAUGUCAUUCUACUUAUGUACCUAUUAUAGUGUACUCACGGUAUAUUAAGUUUGUAAAAUGUUUCACAUAAUAUAACCUUCUUUUGCCCCGGCAAUAUGUUGGAACACCAACAUUAAAAUAUUUUAUUUUUUUUAAUUUGUUUGUUCGAUAUGGCAACAUUGUACAUCCGAUCUUCCUUCCUGUUGGUCACCGCAAUAAAGCGACACGAGUCUUGUCCGUUAA